UAUACCUCUUAGAUAUGUUGUGUGGAUGCAAUGCAUUGAUACGUUAUUUCUAAGGUAAAUUCCAAGUUUCAUCACUAGUCGUCUGGGUUUACUAAAACGUGUUAUGUUUAGUCAUUGGAAAAUAUUAAUAUCAGCUCGGUAAUACGUUUGAAAAAAAAAAAGCCCCGAAACGCUCCCUCCUCUCUCCUCUCACCGGACGAGUUGGUAGGGCCUUUCGCCUUCGUGCGAUGAUGCCGGAAACGGCUACCCCUUCCUAUUUCCGCCGUUUCUGGCCGUUCAGGCCCUCGAUUGCGAUAAAUCGCAUCCCGGUCGCCUUCGAUUGCUCAUUUGUGCUCCGUGGCUGCGAUCAGUCUCCGGUUUCCUUGAGGACCUGUUCUCGCCUGCCUCUGUGUCGAUUCGCUCCUAUGGCGGCUGUGCAGUUUGAUGACGCCGACGUUGCUGUUGGUGCCUUGCGUCUCGACCAAACCUUGAUUGGCCGCCUGUAUGGCCCGCUUCCCCCGCUCCCGACGCUCCGCUCCAUUAUCGGCAGGGUAUGGAAGUGUGACGUUUCAGUUGCUAUGGUGGAGUGGGAUCUCCUCCAAUUUGUUUUCUCCGACUCUGCAACCGCCGACCGAAUUGUCCGUACUCCCUCCUGGAUCUUCGAGAAAUUCAUCAUUCAUGUUCGGCGCUGGGCUACUCCUACGGCGGAGUUGGCGGCGGGUUUGGCCAGAGUGCCUCUUGUGGCACAAUUUUGGGGCAUUCCUUAUGCCUGCUGCACUGAGGAAUUAGACUCCCUGCUUGGAGCGUCCUUGGGAGGCACAGGGCAGGCUUCGAUUCAUCGCUCGUCGUCAUCGGGCGGCCUUUACAUCCGAGCAAAGGUGGCGAUUGAUCUCCUGUCUCCUCUCCCGUAUGAAGUUUCUGCUUCUCAUGUGGAUCCAUCCAAAGGGAGUUUCCUGGCGCAGGUGAAGUUCGAAUCUAUCCCCCAGUUUUGUUUUCUCUGUGGCAUCAUUGGCCAUGUGAGUCGACUUUGCCCACAGAAGGAUGAUUUGGCUAGAGCUCCUCCCCGCUAUGGCAAACAUUUGAUUGCCAAGGAAUUUGGUCCCCGAGUCCAUGCUAUGACUCUCGCCCGUCGCCGCAAACGGUUCGUCUGGACUUUGGCAGGGAAUACCUCUGCUGGGUGCUCGGAGGGUUCAUCUGGUGCGGAUUCUGGCCAUCUGGCUGCCCUUCCUUCUGGCCGGAAUUCUGCCCAGCAGCAGAUGGCGGCGCACCUCCAAUUGUUGCAGAUCGCUGAUGCGGACUAGGUGGGGCAGUCCGCUCGGGUCGCUGCUUCGUUCCAGGAAGGUGAUUUAGAAAUGGUGGAUGUGGCUGAACCCAGGUCUAAGCGGUCUCGUUUGGCCAAUCAGGAGGAUGGUAUGAUUUCUAUGGAGUUCAACAGGGUGGAGGCAGCCGGCCCAAAUCGGUCCCCAGUUGAUAAAUGAGUAUUCUUAUUUGGAAUUGUCGGGGCUUGGGGGCUCCCCUGACAAUUCCUGUUCUCCGGGAAGCUGUUUCUCGGGAUUCCCCUUUUCUAGUUUGUUUGAGUGAGACUAGGCGGGAUGAUGAUUUCGUUGUUCAGCAAUUGGGUAGACUUGGUUUUCCUGAGGACCGUGUACAUAGUGUGUCGAAUAAUGGGAGUGGACUUGCUGUCGCUUGGUCCUCGUGUCUUGUGUGUUCUAUUUCGGUUGAGUCAUCUGGUUUCUUGUUCCUUGAGUGUGAGCACCAGUCGUUGGGUCGAUUUGUUGUUGUCUUUGUGCAUUUACAUUGUGAUGUUGCCUCCCGUCAAUUCCAGCUUAAUGAAAUUUCAUUUCUUGU